AUGUCCGCCAGCGGAGUCGCCGUCUCACUCAACACCAACGCUCCACAGGAGCAGCAGCUUCAGCUGUUCUACAACACCAAGAAGCACAAUCUCGGCGUGCAGCUGCGCAACGAACGCAAUGCGGACGACGAAAAGGCCACGUAUGCGGCCGGCGACGAUGCCCAGGCCGGCAUCAUCCUCAACCCGGGCCAGGUUGCCGCCACCAGCGUGACCGGCCUCGACAUUGUCGUGGGCUUCACCAAGAAGGCAGCUCCGGCGACCACGGGGGACGGUUGUCACUGUGACCCCCCGAACCAGAACGAUGUGUCCAUCAUCAGCCCCGUCUACCAGCCUCUCGCCGCGACGCAGCCCAACAACCUCACCAUUGCCGCGACCUCGUCGGGCAGCACCGCCUGGAUCUUCUUCCUGACUGGCGAGGACAAAUUCAACACUACCAUUAACGAGGUCUUCCUCGGCGACGACGCCCCUGGCAACUACAGCGAAACGACCAGGAUCCUCCCUGGCUCGUCCUUGGCCGCAUACUACGCCGGGGCCGAAGACAAACGCUACGUCAUCUACCAGUCCGACGGCACCAAGAGGCUGUGGGAGUACUCUCCCAACCCUGCUCAUGUCUCUAACGAAGAGCUCGACAACUCGGGCGAUGCCAAGCCCAACACGUCGCUGGCCGUCAGCUACAGUGACGCCGAUCGCAAGGCGUACCUGUACUAUGUCGACAACAGCGACCAGCUCCGUGUCAUAGUCAAGAGCAACGGCAGCUGGGGACCGUCGUCUGCUGUGGCCCACGCCGCUAGCCCGGUCGAGCCUGGCAGUCAGAUCACCGUUGUUGCCGCUCCCAACGGCAACCACAUCUUCUACGUCGGCAAGGGCCAGGCCACCAAGUUCCAGUUUCACCAUGCCAUCGACCCGCGUCGCUAA